UGCACGCAGCUCCGUUUUCUAUUCGGCGGAGUUAGUAGAAAGGCGGCAGCACACGUACAUAAGAUACAGGUGAUUUAACGAUUUUUAACCAUUUUCGAACGAUGAGUUCGGUGCGACCACUGAAGCCCGCUUUGCAGGCGAUUGCCAUCAAAGAGCUAAACGAGGUGCCAAGCCGAGUGCUCCAGGACAUUGAAGCUCUAAGGGAUUGGGUAUUGAAGCAGCCACAUCUGCAAGCUUGCACCGAAGACCAGUUUCUACUUGCCUUUCUCCGGGGCACCAAGUUCAGCAUGGAGCGGGCCAAAGAGAAGUUCGAUCGGUUCUACUCGCUGCAAGCCUCCAUUCCAGAGGUAUUUAACGAACGUCGCCUGGCCACCGAUCCCCAAGUUCUGGACAUCAUAAGGAUGGGAAUUCUUCUUCGGCUUCCACUGGACGCGGAUGAUCCUGGUCCUUGCGUGACCAUCAUUCGAGCUGGUUCCUACGACACGGGCAAGUACAAGUUCCAGGACAUCAUACGUGUGGGCUCCAUGUUUGGUGAAAUCAUGAUGUUCGAGGACGACGCCGCCACAGUCAGCGGUUACGUUGAAAUUAUGGACAUGACUGGAGUAACCGGAUCCCACCUAUUUGCUCUUCAGCCUCAGCUGCUAAGUAAGUUCUCCACAUACGCGGACGAGGCGAUGCCGACGCGACAAAAGGGCAUCCAUUUUAUCAAUGUCCCAGCGGCCUUUGAAAAGGGUUUCAAUUCGCUGAAGUCUUUCUUUCCUGCAAAAAUCAAGAGUCGGAUCUCGGUGAGCUCUGAUCCGGAAGCUGUGUUUCAGAUAGUUCGCCGUGAGUAUUUGCCACAUGAAUAUGGAGGAACUGCCGGCUCCAUGAAGGACAUAAGCCAAGCUAUGGAAGAGAAACUAUCCAGCUACGCACCUUACUUCCGAGCCUCCCAGAAUUUCGGUGCGCAAGAGAAGUUGCGUGAACUUGGAGAUCGGGUCCAAAGCGAUCAUCGCACCGCUUUUGGAGCUGUUGGGUCUUUUCGAAAACUGGAGAUCGACUGAUUAGUCGAUGAUGUACAUACAUACAUAUAUUAUAAAUGUCUUUUGGCCUUACCACGAGAUUAUCGAUUACAUUAAAUCUCUCUCGAUUAUCUUUAAAUCUCGAUGUAAUUGUUAAAACUUUUACACAUAAAACUGUAACUUUUGGAACUUUCAGCUGUCUAAUGGAAACAUCUACA